AGGAGUGUCAUGUAACAGCUGAACGUUUUCACCUGAAAACAGAAAAUGGCUUCAAGAGGAACAACAGAGACCAGUAAGCUAAAACAGAAUUUGGAGGAGCAGUUGGACAGGUUGAUGCAGCAGCUUCAAGAUCUGGAAGAAUGCAGAGAAGAGCUGGAUGCAGAUGAGUAUGAAGAGACCAAAAAGGAAACUCUAGAGCAGCUGAAUGAGAUCAAUGACUCCCUGAAGAAGAUUAUGUCUGGAGAUAUGACUUUGGUGGAUGAGCUCAGUGGGAUGCAACUGGCAAUCCAAGCAGCCAUCAGCCAAGCCUUUAAAACUCCAGAGGUGAUUAGGAUGUUUGCAAAGAAGCAGCCAAGGCAAUUGAGGACGAGGCUGGCAGAGAUGGACAGAGACUUAAUGGUUGGGAAGUUGGCACGAGACCUGUACACCCAGCAGAAGGUGGAAAUCCUGACUGCCCUCAGGAACCUUGGUGAGAAGCUCACUCAGGAUGAUGAGAUGUUCUUGUCAGCAAAUGCUGGUGCAGCUCUGAGCCAGUUUGAGAGAGUCUCCACUGACCUUGGAUCAGGAGACAAAGUCUUUGCUCUAGCAAGUGUUGAAGUAGAGAAGGCAAAACAAUGAAGAGGUGUGUGAGGCUUGUCUCUGCAGUUCUCAGCAACAUUGGACUCUGUCACACUGCAUUGGGGUUUUCUAUUUCUAACACGUUGAAAAAAAAACAACCAGAAAAGCAAAACAAAAAAACCCAAACUCUAAAGCUCUUGGGUUCUUAACCAGAAGAUAUGAAGUAAACAGCCUUAAGUGCACUUUGGAACCUUGGUGUCUGUACCCCUUAAGUAACACCAGCUCUGAGGCUGAACACUAAGUGGGACUCUAAAAACAAAAGUGUGUUGUG